CGCGUAUGAAACUUUAGGCUGUGUGCAAUUUUGAACAAACGUUUUUCGGGCCCGGUCUUCACGUUGAUGUUUUAGUGGUCAUACUGCUAGCAUGGAUGGGAUUUCUAAUUUAUAAACUGCAUGGAGUCUAAUAAUAUAAAUGUGAAACCUGAACCAUUGUUUAGUAAUCUGUCCACUGGAGUGUUAUAUCCUCUUUCUGUUCACAAUCCCGGUGAUAAUCAGUUGAGUCCUUCAUGUACUGUUCUCCAAGAUGAUUCCUUUCCAAACUCAAACUCGAUUCGUAUACCUUCAGUUGGUUUUUCGCUCAAUGACUCCGAUAAAUUGGAUACUUCGACAACAGUAUGUUUGUCAUCCCAAACAAAAGCUGAAUUUUAUUCAGAAUCAGAUAAAAGCAAUCACAAUUCACUUUCUAGUUCUACGGACUCAAACACAAAGCCUUUGUCUGUCCAUUGUGCCGAGGAGUCAUCAAAUGUUUUUUCCGCGCAAUCAUCUCUACCCUCCCUCAAUUCAGAAUUUCAGGUCCCGAAUCUCCCAAGCGAAUGCUCACAUAAGUUCCCUGUACAUGCGGCUGCCAAGCCUAGUGAAGCAUUGUUUGUUCGGGCCUUAAUUGGACGCUGCAAGCGCAUCGCUCCUUUGUGGUUUAGGGGUGUUUCAUCAAUGCGUGAACGAAAUCGGGAAGAAAACCGCCGCAUGGCAUGUAACAGCGGCCAGAGCCAAAGUGAUUGGAGUCUCAUAGCAUUAAAAAUCGGGGAGAUGAAUGCUGGAAGUGAAACUGAUGCUGUAUCAAAUCUGCUCAAGAAGUUGUAUAAAGAGUUGCCCAGUGACUCAGUAUUUUGGUUUCUUAAAUGUUGGCUUGGAAGUGAGGAUACUUUAAAUGAUCCGCAUUCUUGUGUUAUAAGCCGUGGUGAUGCUAAAGGCCGUAUGCGACGCAUUGAUGGUGGCAAAGGUUCUGAUAAAGUUUGGAGAUUAGAUACAAUUGUUGGUAUGCUGUAUCAUGGUUUACCAAUGUCCAGUACCGAUACCAACAUCAUGGUUCAUACAUGUGAUCAUGAAUUAUGCGUUCGACCACAGCAUAUUCGUUUCAGAGCUAGUUCAGUAGCGCUUGUUGUGGUUUUAAAAGCAUUGGCUCAAGCAGGUUACACCAUUAUUCCACCGUCGAUUGCUGCCAAUCCUGAAGGAAUUGCUCCUAACGUACCGGAUGAAUAUGUAGAUGUAUUUGGGCCUUUUUCUAUAGAACAACUUCAACAAUAUAGAAGUGAAAACUUAAAUCCUGCCAAUGAGUCUAUAUCUAAGCUUACUUUAAGUGCAUCUGAUCGUGACUUAAUCGAUCUAGUUCCAGUUAUUAAAGAUGCUUUACAGAAAUCUGAAACUACAACGACAAUGACAACAACAAUAACAACGGGAUCGAUGAAUUUGAACCGCGCCAAUUCAUUUCCAAAUUCAUAUCUAUCCUAUGGUGGUUAUCAUAAAUCUCAUAAAUUAGAUCCAUUACAUGAAUCAUUAACCAUAACAACUACAAUCAAUAAUUUUUCAUUGAAUACAAUUAAUUAUACUAAACAACCAUCACCUAUAUAUCAACAGUCAAUAAAUGAUUUCAAUCAUUCAACAUUAAUAUGCUCUACAAAUAGAAAUCAUUCAAUUCAAUCUAAUAAUAAUGAUUCAAUGAUCUAUUCAAAAGAUCAUAAUGGAAUUCUAUUAAGAUCUGAACGUUAUAGUUUAAAACGACCAAGACCAGUAUCACCUAGUUCAUUUCCAUCAUCACCAGCUAAAAAUUCAUAUCAUUUACAUUCUUCAUCAAGUCCACCUUUACUUAUAUCUGGAAUACCAUUUAGUAAUAAUGGUAAUAGUAGUAAUAAUAAUACUAAUACUACUACUACUAUUAAUAAUAAUAAUAAUACUCGAAUUUCACAAAUUCAUCCACAAAUUCGUCGACCAUCAGAUUCAACAUUAUUAACCAAUGGGAAUAUUUCAUCAUUGAUCUCAAAUAAUCCUGUUAGUUCGACAUGUGCCAAUAAUAAUAAUAAUAAUACUUCAAGUGCAUUUUAUACUUUUUCUAUGCACGAUAAUACUUCUGCCUUAUCUAGAUCACUUCAAUGUGCUAAUACUAAUAAUACUUCUACUAAUGCUACUAUUACUAGUAAUACUACUGCUACGACUUCUAUGGUUAUCUCUACUUCGAAUAGUCUAUUACCUCAUUCUUCUCCUAACUCUCUUGUAUUACGAUCUAUUAAGAAUGACCAAGAUCAGUCAAUGCUUCAUCAUCAUCAUCAUUUCCAUUCUGACCAAUCAUUAUUCCAACGACAACAUCAAGAAGGCGAAGAAGAAGAGAACGAUGAUGACGGCGAUGACGAUCAUUCAUCAUCACCAUUUCUACUUCAAUCGUGCACUACCAUGCAACAACAACAACGUCAUUGUAAUUUAAAUAAAGAUGGCACAUUCCUUUGUUCACAACCGUAUCUUGGGUUAAUAGUCAAUAGUGGUUCAGUGAAUGGCUUACAUAUAUAUCCAUCUUCUGUUAACAAUACAUUAAAUACAACUACUAAUAACAAUAAUAUUAAUACAACAAUAUCUUGGAUGAGUAGUUCCAAUUACUCAUCUAGUGGGAAGUCAACACCUCGGCAACCGGCGAAAAAACGUCCUGAAGCUAGAACACCAACUAUAGAUGGCUCAUUAGAUGAAAACCUACUGUCAUAUCCUCUAUCAAAUUCAUUAACUAGCAACACCUCAAUGUUGACAACAUCGACAGCAACCGGAUUAUGCAAUUUUGAUGAUUCACAUUCACAUUUAUCAACAACACCUGUAACACCAUUGACAGAAUCGACAACGAAUACCUUUAUGGUACAUCAUAAAUCACCAUUCGUCCCAGUGCAUAGUAGAGUUGGUCGUCCCAGUUCAACAGAACUAACUCCUACUAGUUUAAAUUAUAUAAAUGAUGAUCCUGGUUCACAUUGUCUUUCAUCAUUUACAACAACUAUGACAGUCAAUAAUUCACCAAAAAAACAAAUUUCAGAAAAAUACCAAUUAAUAACCAAUGCUACAAAUGUCAAUUUCUCUUCGACACAUCAUAAUACCAGUGAUCGUAAUGUCGACGAAGAUGAUGAUAAUGAUGAUGAAGGUGAAAUGGAUCAAGAAUUAGUUGAUAUUAUGGUUGCACGUAAUACUGCUUCAACUGUAUCAAAUUUUUCAUCAUAUUCUUCAUCGAAUUUACAUAAUUCAUUUAAAUCACAAAUUGGCCACAAUCAAAUCCAUCCGCUUCUGUUAAAUUAUAACAACAAUAAUCGUAGUAUUACUACUACUAAUAAUAAUAGUAAUAUUAAUAAUCGACAAGAUUUACUAAAUUCUGAUGAGAUUGGUAGUGCUAGUCCAAAUGGAAGACGUGUGAUAGCUGCAAUUGUUGCUGCUUUAGCGAAUGUCAGUGAAUCACCAUUAAUGAUGGAGAGUUCAACUCCAGUUAAUAAUUCACGACGAAGUGUAUCAGCUUGUAGUCUUCCACAUAUAGAUGUUAAUGCAUUAAAUGAAGAUUCAGUGGAUUUAUUUUCACAUCAUCAUAAUCAUAAUCAUCAAAAUAAUCAUAUUAAUGGUAAUUUUAUAACGAAUAUACAUCAAAAUCAUAUUGGUCAAUCUAAUAAAAAUAAUUCACUAAAUGGUAAUAGUGAAUGGAAUUAUUCAAAUAAAUCGAUGACUAAGAAAUCAUUAAGAAUGGGGAUUGGUGAUGAACAACCAUUGACUCCACCACCGCCUAAAUUAAUGUCAUCAUCAUCAUCAUUAUCAUCAUCGUCAAGAAAACUUUUGACACCUUUAUCAGGACCAAUGGUAAGAACAACAACAUCAACAGUUUCAUUACGGAAUGAAAUCAAUUCAUUUACUGAUGAUCAUGCAACAUUAGACAUUAUUCCUAAAUUAUCACCUAAUGUUAGUUGUACUAUGAAUGAUGAUGAUGAUGAUAAUAAUAACAUUAAUAACAACAUUAGUGAAUACAGUUUGAACAGGAAAGAUUCAUCUCCACAAGAAUCGUCAAUGCAUGAAUUGGCUACUCUACUUCGUAAUUCACCGGCUUCAGGAAUUAGUCAAGAGUUGAUUGAUAUGCUUGCUAACAUGGCUCAACAAUAUGGAAUGCAACAAUCACGUACAGGUAGUCGUGCUAGUCGUCCGUCAAGUCAAGUUGCUCAACGUUUUUAUCGAAGCCUAGUUAAUGGUUCUGUAUGUGGUUCACCAUUUCCAAUAACUCCUGUUGGUAGUUCUACUUCAUCAACAUUUAACUUUCUUCAUACACCUAACAGUUGUGGCGGAGUCAGUGGAGUAGUAAGUGGUGUCUCUGUAGGAGGUAUUGUCAGCUGCGAACAAAACAAUAAUAUAACACCAUUGAGCUAUUGUCAUCAAACAAAUGGAUUAACUACUACCAUUACUGAUAAUAAUAGCAGUAGUUAUUCCACGUUACCAACUAAUCAUUUGCAUAGUUUUAGUUUCACUCCAUUAUCUGUUGAUGAUUUAGACUCAUCGACUAGUUUACAAAUUCUACCAACUUGUACAAAUCAUGAAUUAUUAUUGACAAAUAAUCGUAAUUGUAUAAAUCAAUGCGCAAUAUUGGAUCAUCAUCAUCAUCAUUGUUCCUCGUCACCGUCUUCAUCUCAAUUUAUUUCCUCUUCUUCUUGUUCGUCAUCAUCAUCUUCUUCUUCCUCUACCAUAUCAUCGUUUCAUAGUCAUACGACCAAUAAUAAUACUGUACCGAUGUCGUCGACAGCAUCUGCUUUCUCGUUACACAACUAGAAGUGUUUGUUUAUUUGUUUAUAUGUGUGUGUGAGAGUGUGUGCUUCGAGUGCCCCCUUCCUUUCUUCGUGUGAUGAUGUACACAAAUAUGUGUAUAUGUUUAUAAUAUAACAUAUAUGUUGCUUAUUUGCUUUUUCACAGGGAAUUUUCUUCCUCUCUUUGUCAUUUGUUUGAGUAUACAACAGUGUUUUUUUAUAAUUGUUCUUAUAUUUUCAGAGGAAACCAUAUUCUUAAGAUCAACAUUUAUCUAGUUAUUUUAUGCAUUCAAUUCUAACGAUUUGAUGACUUUAUUUUGCCUAUUUACUAUUUAUUGUUUGUUAUAUGAACCGAUCAUGAUUGCAUUUUACACUGUGUGUGUCUGUGUGUUUUUAUCAAUGUCUGUGCGGCUUCCUGUUUUCUUUUACUUUGGUGUUUAUUUCAUAGUUUCUUUUGAAAUAUCGUUGUUCUUAUUUGUUUACUUUCUUGUUUCAUCAUUUUUCUUUUCUUUCAAUACUCUGACAUAUAAUUGAAUAUGCCUAUUUUUACAAUUGAACAAUAUAUGCUUUUGUUCUAUCGGUGAAUGUGCUCAUCACCCGACUACCGUAAACCUUUGCAGAAAAGUUGGCGGGGGAGGGACAGAGAGUUGGUGCAGUUUUUUUUUUUGCAGUUGCUCUUUUUUUUCAAACUCUCAAAUAAAUCGACAUCGACUUAACUGAUACCGCUAUUAUUACAAUUUUGUCAUUGUGGUUCUAGAAACGUCAUUGGAUUCCUAUAGUUUACAGUGUCUUAUUUGUUUACGAUUGUGUGUACAGAAAAAAAAUAUCAGGUGUAAAAUGUAUAUUUCCAUUAUCUCCCAUUUAUUCCCACUUGGACUAUGUAUAGCAUGUUUUAAUGCAUAUAUGUAUGUAUGUAUGUUUGUGAACUGAAACAACAUCAUUACGUCGGCGAUGGUGCUGAAGAGGAAUUGUAAGGAUUGUGCUAUCUUAUGUGUACUCUCUUAACCUCUCACUCUGUUUAUUUACUUUCUUCUACAUGUUUGUAUAUGUAUUUCGAAGCCUUUCUCAUUAAAAAAUUUCUAUUCAUUCUUUAUUGUACACAAUUAUAUCUGGUAUUUUUAAAAAAAAUAUAUACACAUGUACUACUUAUUGCCCCUUACUACUCCUACUUAUAUCCAUGUAAGCGUUAAAUUACCCGGUUGCUACAAUUGAUUGAUACAUUCAUUCAUUCAUUCAUUGAAGGUAUACAUAUAAUUCACAUUCUAUAAAUACUGUGAAUGCUUAUUUUAUGAUAGAUUUUUACCGGUUGUUUUUCAUUGUAUGUAUAUGUGUUCAUCACAUUUCAUCUAUCUAUCUAUCUAUCUAUGUAUUAUUGUUCAACAUGGUUAUAAAUCACGGUAACUAAUAGUACACCAGUGUUAUUUUGUCAAUUCUGCUUUUAUGCAAUACCUUUUCUCAUUUUAUUCUAUACAUAAUAAUUAUUUAUUUGGUCAUUUUUAUAUUACAGCGCCAAAAGAUAUUAUGUAAACAUUUAUUUAUUUAUUUAUUUACUUAUUAUUAUAUCCUCGAUUACAUACUACUGGUACCCGUCUACCUAUUGCGUCCAUCUCCCCACUCUGUCUCUCCCAUACCCCCCUACACACACACACACAUAGGAAGUAGAAACUUCUUCGUCUGUAUAAUGACUUAAUUUGCUCGUAUAUUAUUAAUGUAUAUCAUUCAUUCUGUGGUUGAUUGAUUGGCUUUCAUUGUUUCUGUUCUCCUCCUCCUCCUCCUCCCUGUGUUUUCAUUUCUCUUUUUUAUUGUUUCUUCUCAUCAUGAUAUACCGUAUAUAUAUAUAUAUAUAUAUAUAUAUAUAUAUAUAU